UUAUUUAAGCGGUUACUGUCAAGUGCCGAACUCCUCUCUCUUGAAAGUUUCUUAAUCAAAAUGACUUCAAUAACAGAAGAACUUGUAGAACARUUCUCUAAGCUUCGUGAGAAGGCCAUCGAGUCUGGCGCAUCGCUAGAAGAAAUCAAACAAGAAUUCAAAAGAGAUGUUAAAAGUCAAACUAAACGUCACGGAUGGAGUAGCCGCUCCAAGAGAACUUUAUUCGUAGUAUUCGUCGUAGUUCCUGUACUCCUAGCAUCUGGAGGGUAUUACGGGACGCAAUUCCUCAUAAAGCACUACAAAGACGACCCUUGUCUUCUCAAUGUGAACGAGAUUUUUAACGAAAUGGUUCGAARACCCACAAACUGCUCCAUGAUGUGCGAAGGACUGGACGAAGUUCCAAGACUUUCUGGUCUAACAAAACAAACUUUUGUUGAAAAAUACGCGUAUAAUGGAAGGCCAGCAGUUAUAGUUGAUGCAGCGGUAAACUGGUCAGCUCUGAAAACAUUUAAUUUCACKUUUCUCAAGCAUCUUUAUGACUCAAACGACGGUGCUUACGACACGACCGAAAAUGACUGUCAAUUUUUCCCUUACAAAACGAACUUCACUUCGUUGAAAGAGGCUUUCAAUAUGUCUAAGGAGAGAUCAGAGCUAAGGGGGGAACCGUGGUAUUUUGGCUGGAGUAAUUGUGAUCCUGUUGUCCGAGACAAGCUUCGCCAGCACUACCAGAUACCUUAUUUCUUGCCAACAGACUCUGAAACRAGCCAACAAGAUUGGAUUUUUAUGGGAGGACCAGGAUUGGGUGCACAAAUACAUAUUGACAAUGUUGACAGACCAUCAUGGCAAGCACAGUUAUCUGGGAGCAAAGUUUGGACCCUCAUACCUCCCCCUGAAUGCGAACAUGUUUGUAAGACACUAAAAGCACCAAUCCAUAAAGGAGAAGUCAUAAUUGUUGACACCAACCAAUGGUUUCACAAGACGGAGGUUCUUCCUGGAGACAUCAGCAUCACCAUCGGUGCCGAGUAUGAUUAGAUAUCAUAAAUAAUGUCAAUAAUGGAUGAAUAGAGAUAGCUACAAUCAUGGACAUUUUAAUUGGGACAUUGCAACACAAAACUAUAAGGCUGAUUUAGACGGUGCAACUUUUGCCUACAACUAUCGCAUGCAACAUGCUUUUAAGUCAUCUUAACAUGGCUACCCUGUCAUAGGGUUGUCAAUCAAUUGUUUUUUAUCUCUGCGAAAGUUGUAGACAUGUAGUAAGGAUGACUUAGGCAUGUUGCAUGCAACAGUUGUAGGCAAAAGUUCCACUGUCUAAAUCGGCCUAAUAUACAAGUCACUUAUCAUUUURACAAUAUGACAAAAUUCAUGCCUCCCCCUUCCAUCCCCCAAUGUUGUGCCCAUUUUUGCAUUGUGUGCAUUACCAAGCCUUAUGGCGUCACAUACAACAACAUAGUCGGUGGUGGGGGAGGGGAGGGGGA